UUCUUGGUCGUUUCCACGCCUUGACUCUUGAGAUCGAAUUACUUAAAAGGGUUUCCUUUUCUCGGUAUUUCGUCAUCUGGGUCUGGUCCUAAAACACCAGAGAGAGAGAGAGAGAGAGUUAGAUUCAAGUGAGGCAAGGUCAGCGUUUACAUUCGGUUAUUUGGGGAGCUGACUCUUCCUGUUUGUUAUUUUCUUGUUUUUCUUUGAGAUUCUGAACCCAUGGAGACUUAUAAGAAAUGGGUUAGAAGGAAUAAAGAUUAUGUUCACUCAUUGGAGUCUCUUGCCAAUGGAUUGACGUGGCUUCUUCCCGAACGGUUUUCCGCUUCAGAGAUAGGACCAGAAGCAGUAACUGCAAUCUUGGGCAUUAUCACUGCUAUCAACGAGCAUAUCAUCGAUACUACUCCAACCCAGAUGCAUGUUGGUCCUAUGGAGCCUAAUUCUUUCCCGUAUUCGUUGUGCAUAUCUGCUAUGAAGGAUUUGGAAACAUUGGUUGAAGUUGCAGCUCAACAUUAUUUUGGUGACAAUAAGAAAUGGAAUUUCAUUGCUGUUACAGAAGCUACCAAGGUGCUAGUUAGGCUCAUUUUGUUCCGGAAUAGUGGAUAUAAGAUGCUUCUUCAUGGAGGAGAGACACCAAAUAUUGAAAAGCAUUCAGAUGUCUCAAGCUCGCAGCAUAAUGUUGGGGGUUUCCCAAGACCUGGAUUUCGCCAUGGUCCUAAUGGACUUAACCCGUGGAAUCUAGAAGGAAGGGCAUUAUCUGCACUGAGCAGGUUUGGAGAAAAUGCCAGGAUGAGUUCUGACCCUGUAUGGCUGCACAGGGCCGAACAUCAGCAAGCUAUUAUGGAGCCUCCAUCUUCAGCGAUUGAGAGGCCAACACUUUCCAUGAUUUUAUCUGAGAAAGGUGUCCAGGGGGCAUUAUUUCUCAUGGGAGAGGUCCUUUUUAUUAUAAGACCCCUUAUUUAUGUGCUGUUCAUCAGAAAGUAUGGAAUUCGGUCAUGGAUUCCUUGGUUUGUUUCGCUGGCUGUAGAUGCUGGUGGUGUAGUCUUUUUAACACAGGUUACUAAAUCAAGGGAUGGUGGAAAAGAGCAACGCUAUCACCUUACUGCUUCUGAACAGGACGAGUUGAAAAGAAGAAAAUUGUUAUGGGCGCUUUACCUUAUGAGAGAUCCUUUCUUUACCAAGUACACUAGGCAGAGACUUCAGAGAACUGAAAAGCUACUGGAACCUGUUCCUAUUAUUGGGCUUCUAACAGCGAAAAUUGUUGAGCUUGUUGUUGGUGCUCAGACUCGGUACACGUACAUGUCUGGAUCGUAAUGGACAGCACUAGAAGUUGAAUUUCCGAGUCUCUUUGAUUUUAGGUGAAGUAUUCUCCUUUGGAGGAGUUUGUCCUCUUAUGUCUUGUCUAUAGUUUUCACUCCGGAUGCAGUUAUAAGCGUCAGUUGCCAGACUCGAAUUGGCAUUGCUUUCAUCUGUAUCACAAGAAAUUCAACAAAAAGCUUUCCAUAAAAAUCAGCAACAGUUUUUUUUAGAUAUGCGUUUCGUUCUCUUCUAAAUAAGUGAAUGCUUUGCUGAUCUUACUAUGUAGCUAUGAUUUUGGGAGGUCUGUGAUAUGCUUUAGCACGGCCAUGUACUGCAGUACUACAGUUUCGAGUAUUCAUGCUUCCAGAUGCUUUAUAAAUCGAGAAAAAUCUCGCUUUUCGUUGUUUAUUUAA